ACUUGUAAAACCAAAUUAGACCUAAAGAUAUAACUCGAAGAAUUACACACAUUCAAGCAUGGAUAACUCUUCCAAAUCCAAAGAGAAGCGUGAGAUCAAUUUUCUGAGUGAUGAUCAAAGAGAUUUUCGUGAGUCAAAAAACAACAAUGGAACUUCCAAAGAAUCUGAUAGUUCAAAGGUUGAGAAAGCUUCUGGUGGUUCAACUUUGUCAUGCCUCAACCCCAAGGUCAAGACAUGACAAACGCCACACAUCUAUAGGGAUAAUCCCAUAAAUGUGUAAGGUUACCUCAACUAAACAACUUGUAAUAUCUAAAUGCAAUAAAGUUAAAUUCUAUAA